CAGGCCUCUGAGCUCUCAAAGGGACCAGAUCGACCGAGUUUUGGAUUUGCAUAUAUCUUGGACGAAUCAACCAUCACUCAUCUGAUCGUCUGUUUCGCCACCUCCUGCAUUUGUGUGCCAGAUACGCCAUCGCACGCACGAAUACAUCAUACAUCACCUCCUCACCCUCCCUCUACACUUAAUUGGGCCGAUCGAUCCGCCUUAGCUUUGCAUGAUCGAUUGAGUUUGCCAUUCUAAUUAAUAUAUAUUAUCAACACCAUCGCCCAUCACAACCUCAACUAUUUUCUCAUCCAUACCCCAAACGACUUACACCCACUCACACUCACACUUACAACAAACUUAUCCACACCUACACACUAAACAAUCACCAUCGCCAUCAUGCCUAUCUUCAGUGGCCUUGGCCAGCGACGAGGGUCUAAGCCUCGGGAGUUGCACAUCCGCAAGGUCUCAUUCUCCGGCUGCUCACUUGCUUCUACUUCGGACCGAUCAUUCUCUUCAGAUUCAACAACAUCCACAAUCCGAGCCAUCACUCCUCGCCUGGCUACCAGCGUCGGCACUGCUUCCAGCUUCGACUCCUUCUCUAUUCACUCAGCCUCUCAACCUCCCAAGCGACUACAUGACCGGCCAUUUAUCAUGACUAACCAGCAACACUACGAGUCAGCGCCAACAUUCUAUGACAGCGAGGAUGCCGAGAGCAGUGAUAUGGAGGCAUCAGAGAGAGACUUUGACGGAGAGGAUGAGGAUCUGCCUCAGUUCACUAUGGAACUACCUCAUGCCAGCCCUGUGAGCCAUCACGAUUAUGAGACUGUGGAUGAGCCGCUGGACUACUUCUUCACGUACCUCAACAAGCGACCCUCACUACCAAGAUCUCGCUGGUCGGAAUCUACCAUUUCAAGCAUCGACUCACUGGAAGACAUGACUCCCGUGACGAGCAUGUCUGAACCUACCUCAUCAAACAUCAUGGCCGACGCUGAACAAGCUGAAGCCGCUGGCGAGUCUACGCCCAGCACCAUUACCUCUACCACUACCGUCCCCAAGAGGCCGACCUUCAAGACUGUUGACAGCUUUGAAGACUACGUCAAGCGUGGGGGCUGGAAGCGAAGAGGCAUCGUCUUCAAUAGCGACGAAGUGGAUGCAUUCUAAACUUGAUCACACAUCAACACACCAUCUCCUAUCAACCAGUAUAUUCUUUUCAUGGCAUAUAUUUAUCAUUAUCAGCGAUUUAACUUUUUUUUGGCGAUAUUAAUCAUCAACAUAUGCACGCUACACGCAAGACAUUGAAGUCUACUUGUCUGUUUUUUCUUUUUGUUUUAAGGGCUAUACGGGAAGGAUUCACUGGGCACUUGGCGACAGCCUCGGAUUAUGGCUGGUCACAAAAAGAAGCGACGCUUGCAACACUGCACUUUCAUAUCAAUGUCUGAUAUUUGGGAAUUAGGGACGAAGCGAGGGCUGGGAAGGACAUCGAUUCGCAUUGGAUACCCGAGGGGGGUGGACCCAAGAUUACCACACGCUACUAUUUUCCUUUUUGUUUAUUUUCUUGCAUCUACUCUACUAUAGCAUAUAGCUAGCUACUCAUAUGGGCACAAGGCCCUAAACACAAUGCUCCAAGAUUAUCAAUACAGAGCACAA